CUCGUGUAUAUAUGUGAAUCCAAACGUAGUUUGAGACCGGAUUGGAGAAAGACCCACUCGUAUACUACUGCUCCUACUCACUCCAUCUUCAAAGCUAAGCUAAGGCUCCGUCUCUGUUCUUGUUUACAUCUAGCCAUUCACUUUCUCAUAUUAUUGACCUCCAUUUUGCAAACCAUCCACUUAUGGGAAAGGUAUGUGUAUAAUCUCUUCUUAAUUGCUGUAAGUUUGAGGUGGAAUAAUAAUGUUUUUAUUUGAACUAGAUUAGACCGGUUUAGAUCAUUUCACACAAUUAAAUACUAACGAGAGCAGCAUGAGCUACUUUCAUUAAUCUUGAAUUUCCACUACUUGACCGGAUUGAUGAUUUUUUAUGAGUUAUUAAACGUAUAGUAUUUGGGUUUAUUUGAUUGGCAGCAAAAGGUAGUAUUUAACGUCACUAUGAGUGAUGAAAAGGCUAAAGUCAGAGCCCACAAGAUUGUCGCAGGCCACUCCGGAGUUGUUACUACGCAUGUGGAACGAGAGAAGGGGCGGAUAGAGGUGGUCGGCGAGUUUGAUGCCGUAGAGCUGGCUGUUAGGUUGAGAAAGAAACUUGGUCACGCUAAUAUAGAGACCAUGGCCUAUGUGGUUGAAGAAAAGGAAAAAGAAAAGGAGAAAGAACAUAAAAAGAAUGACACCCCAACACCUCAAUACGCGACAAUCACUUAUGAUCCAUCCACUUCCUAUCGAGUACCUUAUUACCCCUACUACAAUUAUCCAGCAAUUAGUUACUAUUAAUGAUUAUGAACAUGCGCAUGAGGUGUGAUAUUGUAAAUCAAUUCACUUUGUAAUGAAACCAAUAAAUUUAUUUACAUGUUGCUGUCAUCUUCGCUUAUUUUCUUGUCGUCUUUAUC